CCUCAUCGAAGAAUAAGUUGUGUUGUUGGAGGGAGGAAAGGAAACGGUGUGGCGAAGUCAGAAAUCUAAAAAGAGGAGUAAUUGCUACAUUAGAAAACAACGCAACAUCAUUUACAUACGGUACGAAGAAAUCAACGAAGAAAAGCCAUCAGAGUCCAUCGUUUUUAAAGCGGGGGCCGACAUGUCUGAAACAUACGACUUCCUGUUUAAGUUCCUGGUCAUUGGUAGUGCUGGGGCAGGGAAAUCUUGCCUCCUGCACCAAUUCAUUGAGACCAAGUUCAAGCAGGACUCCAACCACACCAUCGGGGUCGAGUUUGGGUCCAGGGUGGUCAACGUCGGGGGUAAGACGGUUAAACUACAGAUCUGGGACACAGCCGGACAGGAGCGCUUCAGGUCUGUGACUCGUAGCUACUACCGUGGAGCGGCAGGGGCGCUGCUCGUCUAUGACAUCACAAGCCGGGAGACGUACAACGCCCUGACCAACUGGCUGACAGACGCACGGACGCUGGCCAGCCCCAACAUCGUCAUCAUCCUGUGCGGGAAUAAGAAGGACCUGGACGCGGACCGAGAGGUCACCUUCCUCGAGGCGUCCCGCUUCGCGCAGGAGAACGAGCUGAUGUUCCUGGAGACCAGCGCUCUGACAGGGGAGAAUGUGGAGGAGGCCUUCCUCAAAACUGCCCGGAACAUCCUCAACAAGAUAGAGUCAGGUGAGUUGGACCCAGAACGGAUGGGUUCAGGUAUCCAGUAUGGAGAUUCUUCUCUGAGGCAGCUGAGACAGCCCAGAGGUUCCACCGCACAGACCAAGCAGCAGUGUAACUGCUAGGGGCCGGACCCCACCCUCACUCUUCAGCCCCACUCCUACACGCACAGAACGUGCCCUAAAGCUCUAGGUGUUUUGGGAUGUGCAGGACUCUUCCCCUUAUCCCUUCUGAAACCACUUACACACGUACAGCAUACCUUGACCAGUCGCCAUAGAGAUGACCUGCAACUCAUGACCAUUGGUAAGAGACUAUACUUCCUGCCAAGAGAGGUUACCCAGGCUCCUGGGUCCUAGGCUGGGAAACCCUGUGGUGUGAACUGUGCUGGGAUCAUAAGAAGAAGAGUCCAUAUCUGUGAUGAUGUCAGGGUCAGGGGUUAUGUGUAGGAGAUUUCCUGUUUUUUACCCUCACUGUGUGGUUUUUAUCAACACACACACACACACACACACACACACACACACACACACACACACACACACACCACACCACACCACACCACACCACCUGUAACAAAGUCCAUGAAGGAUGAAAUGCAAAACAAACUUCCUCAUUCAUACACAGCCUGUUAGACUGCACUAUCAGGUUGCUUGAUGAUUGAAGUUCUUAUGUUUUACCCAUCACAGCGGGAGCACUCCCCGUUCUUAUGUUUUUAUGAGCUGAUUUUGAACCUUUGUUUGCACUGUACUUCUUAACAAGCCUGCUUGCGAACCUAAGUCUCCCCAACCCGAACUUGACUGCUCUGCAACCCCGAAAAGAGCCAUUUACCCACAACACCCAAGCAUGAGCAGAUAUUGGGUCAGUUGUGAAUGCUUCCUCAGUUAUUGUCAUACCAUUCCCCUUGAUUGUUCUCCUGACUUCAGAUGUACACUUGUAACUGAUUCCACCGGUCUAAAUGUUACCACAUGUAACUCGACCUUGGGUAUAAAUGGUAUUGAUUCUAAUCUAAUGGACAACUUGUCCAAGGUUUGUUUUCAAUUCAUGCAAUUUAUCAAGUGGAGUACUGGCCUUAGAGGAAUGUUUCUUGACAUUGUGGAUGUAUACUAUCCCCUCAACCCCCCCCCAGUCCACAUGUUUCUAAACUGUCAUUACUAGCACCUCUCAAAGGGAAAUCAAUUCACUCCAUGAGGCAAUCAGAAAGGCCUGCGGGUCGUGUCCAAAGCACAAGGGUGACUAAGGUUUCAGUUCAGUCUUAUGGUUUUCCAAAGGACCCCAAUGACCACUUGUUAUUCCCCAUUAUCAGCUGCAUAUCUACUGCUUGCCUUUGCCAUGUAAAAGGCUACGCUCUUGUCUCGUUCUCCGGCUCUAUCGCGCCCCUGGAGAGGUCAUCUCUGAGAAUUGUACCCCCAUCUUGGCCCUCUUCAUUUCUCUGCUGCUCUGUUCACGUGUAAAGACCGGUCACCGGAAGCUAGACUGCUUUCAGUGUCACUAGUGGGAAAUAUUCAGGUUACAGGGCCAGGCUGCUGUCUAAGAUUCAACUGCGCUUGUUGUUUUUACAUGUCUUACACAUGAAGUCUUGCCUCAUCCACCUAUCAUUUUCUGUCUGUCGUAUAGAAUCGGGUUAUGAAACCAUUUAGAAUUUCAGGCCCCAUGUAGCCUUACCUAAUUCUUAAGCAAUGCUACUGUUUGCACUCCACUAACAGGUCGUUACACUGAACCAGCGUAGAAAAGAUGGCUAUCAAAAUGCCACUGUGACAUCAUCCUGAGAAAGAAUGGUCCCAUUUUGUGUUUUAAAAAGUCUGCUUUUGUUAUUUUUGUUUCUCUUUUGCAAGUGCACUUUUUAUUGAGAUUGUUUAUAUACUGUAUCCAUAGAAUUGUAAGAUUUGUAUUAAUUGAAAAAUAUGCUGUAAUUAAAAAGAGCAAUUGGAGUUAGUCAUUCCUUACUGAAGAACAACUGAGGUUUUGUCCUUUCUCUCCAAGUGUUGACUGACCAGCCAGCUGUUCUAUUAACGCUCUCCAGGGUUGUAGUAAAAUGAUUCCCUCUGCAAUUUCAUGUUGACCCAUUUGUCUGCUGCCGUUGUUGGGACGAUGUAACACUUGGGAGAUUACUGUGACUUCCGGAGCCCGUGCUUGUGUGCAGACCAGACUGACCGCCAUGUCUCACAACAGUAGUGUUGCACUCCAUGCUGCUUGACCCUAAUACCAUUGAACCCUGGUCUCAAUAAUGCAUGCUGAGUAUUCCAUUGGCUGCAUCGUAAGAACUUAAUCCCAUGGCCAUCAGCCUAUUAUCAUCUUCAGUCUCCUGUCAUUUCUCAACUCGGAGCAGAAACUCAGUUGUUGCUUAGUAACCAAUGUGAUGGAAUCAUUAUAAGAACUACUGUACAUCUGAAUAAUCUCUGCUGUACAUAUUUGUCUAUUGGGUUAUUUUUGGCAGGGAAGGGUUGCUUGUUCAUUUUAAAGGUCUAUUCUAAAUAAACUCGGCUUUUUAAAUGUG